AAAUAAGGCAUCUUUGGGGCUGUCACAUUUACAAAUAAAGAAGAAACACAGCCUGCGAUUCCUCAUAAAGUGGAGCCACUGUUCAGCUCCAUUUGACGAGAUAAUGUUCCCAAGUACUUCCUCAUGAAUGCAUAAACAGGGCACAGCUUGGGAAGUCCAGGCACACGCAGAGCAUAAAUAUUACACGGGAUACAUUACCCAGACCCUGUGAGGAAGGGAAUCUCAACCUUCCACUCCAGAGAAGAGGAUGAGGGGCAAUUCGGGCAGGGUGAAAGGUCGCCUGCUGGCUUCCGCAGUCGAGGAGUCAGUUAUUCUGUCUUCUCUGUUCUUUCGUGUCUAGAAGACUCACCUUCAAAGCUUCAAAAGAGAUGACAAUCACAUCAAGAUAAAAACAGAAGCAAAAAAAGGUCCUCGUGAGAUCACAGCCACUUUGCAGGGGGAAAAGGAAUGUUUUCUGCCAUCUCUUACUUCUGAAAACGCGGGGAGAACAGAAGGAAGCGUAGACCGUUCAAUUCAUUUCGCUGAAGCAUAAAGAAAACCACAAGGUUUUGAUCUGCAGACUGGAGAGGUUGUUGACACAGGGGGAGUAUGUCACGUUCACUUGGACCCUGAGUCCCUGAGAAAUGAAACUUCCUGCAAGGGGGACAAGCGAGAUCCUUCUUCCUCUGCCUAGGAUGACCAUGGGUCAUGACUGCUCUCCAGUGUCCUUAGUUUUUGCUGUUUCUCUCCCAGUGUCGUCGUGAUCUGUAUGACCUGGUGGGAGGUGUUGGACUUCAGGGCAAACUUGUUUACAUCUGAUACGCAAAGGCAAGAACAGACCUGAAAAUGACAUCCGGAAAAUGGCCAAGAAGUCACAUCCUUACCUACACUGGUAUAAGAACGAAAACGGCCCAUCAGUAAUCAGGCCUGGAGGGAGGAGAGGUUCAGGGAGCCCUAGCUCUACCGCUGCUCUCUUUGUCUCUGUAGAUGCAAGCAGAGGGCGAACAUUACCUUCAGUUAUACACCCCUUGGUGACCAAAUCUAAAGGUCACACAGAUGGUCCUGGUGAAACGAAAUGCUCAUUAAACCAAACCCCAAGCCACGUUUGUGGAAAGGAACUGUUAGGGACAAGGGGAGGGGGAUGAUGGGAACAGGAAGGAGGUAGGAGAAAGGGAUGGGAGGGAGAAACUACAGAGCAUUGUAUACGUGUAUGAGAUAGUCAACAAAAUUAAUCAGUUUAAAAAAAGUGUCAUUUUAUCCCUCAGGUGGCAGCCACCAAGCGGUGGCUAUCGUGAGACUCAGAGGACUCCCUCAGCUUCAUACUCUUUGCUUCCAUUCAUGUCUUUCCAGUGCAGUCACGGCCACUGAGUGUGCUAAGAAACUCCAUGAGACGUCAUUACCUCACACACUAGGAUGGGAAUGGUGCCUGCAUUGAAUUCUGUGCUAUCCACCAACUGCACCAGACAGCCCCUCCUGUGCUUCCACAAGGCAGCCCCAAGGCUCCUUCUUUACCUGUAUUUUUGAGACAGCAUAUUUCUGUGUUGCCCAGGCAAGCCUUGAACUGGAGGCUCCUUCCUCAGCCUUCUCCGUGCCGAGAUUAUAGGCAUACGUACCAUACCCAGCUGUCAAUACUCUCGAUAUAUAGUCUUAAAAUGGGCACUCUAUACUUGUCAUUGCCUGGAUAAACCCAUCCAAUGCCUCCCCUUCUUCAGAAUUAAAUUCACACUUGUUAAGUUUGCUUAAAGGGCAGUUCGAGAUGAUCUCUGACGCAGCCUUGCAGCACCCUGUCUCCUCCCCUUACCUUUCCUGCUGAGUCUGUGGUGGUCUGGACGAGGGGGGUACCCAGUCAGUUGCUUAGAUAUGGUUCUGAUUAUUCCUAGGAAGAUGUUUGGGGAUGUGACUAUAACUUAAAUCCAUGAACUCUCGGAUGCUCAAUACACCUUAUCCAGUCCACCAAAGGCCUAAACGAAACAGGAGGGUGAUCUUACGUGCUGUGAGAGAACUCACUUCCCUGGGACAGGAGCCCGGCUGAUCUUGGAUUUAUUAGCCUCUCAAAUUAUAUGGACCAUUUCCACAUGACAAACCUCUCCCCCAGUAUAAACCCUAUGUUGGUUCUGUUUCUCUAAAGAGCCCGGACUCAUGUGAACUUUGACACCAGGGAAGAGAGAUGUCCAGGGGCUACCAUAGUAAGAAGCCACAGGCUGGGUGACUUAGACAGCUGUCCCUCACAGUUCUGCAGGUUGAACAUGAGCAGGGUUGGCUCCUCCUGCCUUAUAGCUGACUGCUUUAUCCUGGUACCCUCACUCCUUGCCUUGGGUUUUACUGGAGUAGGCUUUCUUCCUAGUAUCUCAUUUACCCUUAACCACGUCCUUAAAGGCUUGUCUCCAAAUAGAGCUGAAAAUCAGGAUCUCCAUGUAUGGAUUCGGAGAGAACAUAAUUCAGUCCAUAACACAGUCUAGGCUCCCACUGUGCUGAACUGGUUUCCUGGUAAAUCUUCCAAGUACCCUGUGGUCCUUCCCAUACCAUGAACGCUUCCCAAUUCUUCUUUGCUAAGUUCAUUGCGGUUCAAAGUGAACUGUGUUCAAAGAUAAUAAAUUGAAUUAAGGGAGUAGUGACUUUGAAGCAAGAGCCUACCCAGCUAAAUUUAGAUCAAGGCAUGGUGGUAAACACUUUUAAUCCCAGGAGAUAAAGCCAAGCAGAUCUCUGAGCCCAAGGCCAGUCUGGGACAGAGCAAGUUCUAGGUGAAGAAAAAUCUAAAUCCAGGCUUGGUGGACCACAUCUUUAAUCUCAGUGCUUAGAAGACAGGCAUGCAGAUCUCUGAGUUCAAAGUCAGUUUAUAGAGCAAGUUCCUGGACAGCCAAGCUUAGACAGUGAAGGAGUUGGAAAACAGAAAGCUGGUGAUAAUGUAAUAGAACAAGGCAGGGGGGCAUGUUCCAGCCCCAGCAAGCAGCAGAACUCUGCAGCUUUGGACAUGUGGCUCUGGCUUUAGAGUCCAGAACAGAAGGGACAAUUGAUGCUGGUUAGCUAGAACUAAGAAAUUAGUGGUGAUUAAGAAGAGACCAGCACCACUUGAGGUAAAAUCCUUUGGAAAAUGUUUUCUGAGAGCACAAAGAAGCUGUGCUCCAGAGAUAGUCAAGGUUGAACCUACUGAAGCAGCUGUAUUUGGUUAUGUGUAAGAGUCACCCAGCUGGUACUGGUUUUGAAGGCAUGAAGGGGUCAUAAAGAACAGCUGAGGCUUAGCCCUGUGAGAGGCCAUGGAAGGCCAUUGGUGAAAGUGCAGCCUCAGUUGUAGUUGAUGGCCCAGGACUGAAGGGGUCAUGCAAAGGAGGUGAGGCUUGGCACCAUGAAGAGAGCCUAUGAGAGGCUAUUGGUGAAGCCUAGUUACAGCAGAAGACCCCAGCAUAUUGGAGAUGCCAAUACCACAGGAUGAUCACCAAGAACAGCAAUGGCAGUGGAGGGGAUCAACCUGAGCUUAGAGUGCUACAGAGGGCAGAGCUAGAGAAGUGAUGCCAGCCCUUUGGAGGAGCCCAGAAGAUCAUGUGUGGAUAUGAAGCUGUAACAUUGACGUUGCCUUGGAGACCCCAAGAUAUUCAACAUGCCACAGCCAUAGACAACCUGCUGAGGAAAGCUGCUAAAAGGGAGUGGAACCAGCCCAGGAGAAAGAAGUUUGUUGCAGUCAACAAAGAUGAAAAAGGAUUUGGAGAUCUGUAGACUGCUUUGACGUCAGCCAUGGAGAUGCAGAGUUUGGAGUUUGCCCAGCGGGUUUCCUGUCUUGCUUUGGAAUGAUUGGAUGAAUCUCAGAAGAGACUUUGAAAUUUUAACAUUUGUUUGACUUUUAACAUUGUUGAGACUACUAUAGACUAUGGGGACCUUUGAAAUUGGACUAAAUGCAUUUUGCAUUAUGCUAUGUUUAGGUAUGGCCCCAUAGACUUAUGUGAACAAGCUGAUAGGAGCCAGGGAGUGGAUUAUGAUGGUUUGUAUAUGCUCAGCCCAGGGAAGUGGCACUUUUAAGAGGUGUGGCCUUGUUGGAGUAGGUGUGUCACUGUGGGUGUAGGCUUUAAUACCCUUGUCCUAGCUGCCUGGAAGUCAGUAUUCUGCUAGCAGCUUUCAGAUGAAGAUGUAGAACUCUCAGCUCCUCCUGCACCAUGCCUGCUUGGGUCCUGCCAUGUUCCCACCUUGAUCAUACUGUACUGAACCUCUGAACCUGUAAGCCAACUUCAAUUAAAUGUCCUUUACAAG